GCCAAUGGGAAAGCUUAAACUAACAAACUCAAUGUCUGGGCGCUCUUGUCGAGUAUCUCACACUAUGUCUUGUUAUUUGUAGAUGAUUUAGUGGAACCAGUUGGAUGAUUGUAUGGACUGUAGGCUACAAUGCUGUUUUCUCAAAGAAAAAAACUGAAGGUGACGCUACUGCAUCUCUUCGUACUCUGCUCAGCGCAGCAUUCAGCCCAACCUGAGACUCGGCAGGUGAAAGGCAUCGUGGGAACGGUUUUCUAUUUUCCAGAAAGGGUGUUGAACUCUGGCAAUUUACUUAAUCAACAUUUUGGCAGUAUUGCACAGGUGCACCCUGUUAAAAAAAGUAAUACCAACCUUGAGAAGAGAUUUCAAAACCGCCUUCACUGGAACAAUGUUACUGGAUUCUUCACUUUGUCAGACUUACAAAUAGAUGAUUCUGGGGUUUAUACUGUGGAGAAUACAGAUGAAGGGAAGACAACACAUACAUUUCAGCUGACUGUGUACUAUGUUCUGUCCAAACCUCAGGUGACGGUCCAUGAUAAAAUCUCCUGUAGCGCAGUGUGUUCUGUGGAGAACGGGAGAGAGGUGACCCUGUCCUGGUACAAAGGAGGGGAGAUACUCAACCAGACCAGCAGCCCUGACCACAACAUCACCCUCUCUAUACCUCUCAAGGUGGAUGAACAGAACAGAGACUCUUACAGAUGUGAGGCUGCCAACCCAGUGAGCAAGGAGACAGCUGUUGUUCCACAUUCCUGUAUAGAGAGUGAUCCCUCUAAGAUGACAGAUGGUGAUGAGAGGACUCAAGAUUGUCUUAUUAUUGCUGUAAUCUGUGUUCUGGUUGCCUCAGGACUUGUUGGACUUACAAUAUAUCUGAAGAAGAGGAGAAACGGACACUCACGUGCAGAUUCACCUGAAAGAAAGCAAGAUGACGUUCAGUAUGCAGAGAUAACUCACAUUAAACCAGCAGAAAACCAGGAGGAGCGAAGAGGUAUACCAGAACUGGAGUCACUUAGAGACAACCCUGACCUGACAUUAGUUUAUUAUACACUCCAGUAACAUCACAUGGCUGCCAGCGAGGAUGUUAACACUGCAUGAAGGAGAGGGAACAGGAAGUUAAUGAGAAGGUGACAUGAUAAUUUACAUCCAAGAGAAGGCGUUACAUCUUAGUGGACUUUGAGACAAGAUGAUAGUAAAUAUUCAUCUCAAAAACUUUUGUACAGUUGUUUCUGGAGAAAAUUCCCAUUUAACCAUUGUGCUGUUGUUAUCAUUUCAAACCUCCUUUGUUGGUCAUUCUCAGUCUCUUGUUGAAUUUGGGCCUCGAUGAGAUUCACUGAUGCAGACAAAUUAAAUAACUAUACCUAGGGUUAUUAGUAGGGUGAUCCCUCUUUUCAAGUGCCCAUUGUCCCAAUGUAUAGAUCAAAACAAAUGGAACCUCUUUUAAUACAAUUCACUAGUGUGUUUGCUACGCUACAGCUGGGCCGAAACUUA